AUGGCGUGGCGUAAGAAAAGCAAGAAAAAUGUUCCAGUCGUUCAAAUGAGCGAGGAAGAAGUGAAUACCAUUGAAGAGCGAGUUGCAGAACUGAUGAAUACUCAACUGCCUUUGGGAAGAGUCAAGAAAAUCAUACGAAUGAAUUCAGAUGUCGAGAUGAUUAAUAGUGAAGCGCUUCAAUUGAUGACCAAGUCAGCGGAAAUGUUCAUAAAAGAGCUCAGCAACGCUGCCAAUCAGAAUGCUGCAAUGGAAAAGCGAAAAACUAUUCAGCCUAAAGAUAUUGAUAAGGCGAUUAAGAAGAUUUGGGAGUUCGCAUUUCUAGAAGACACCCUCGAUGGAUGGCCAAAAAUCCAACCGAAGAAACGGAAUCCAGGUGGCAAUUCAAAUCAAGACGACACAGUUAUGGAGGAAACACUUGUUGAAGACACUGCCGGGGAACAUGAAGAGGAUCACGAAGAUCACGAAGACGUCGAAGAACAUGAAGAAGAAGACGAAGAAGAGCACAACGAAAAUGAAGCUGAAGAAGACGAGUUGCCAGAAACAGUGCCUGAAGUCGACGGAGACGAUGAAUUCGUCGAAAAAGAUGUUGAUCGCCCCGCAAUGAAGGAUCCAUUUGCUGAACAAUUCUAA